CCGUAUCCGACUGUAGAACAGAACUGACAAUUUGACCAAUGGUUUCGUGGAUUGGCGUUACUGCGUCAUGAGUAGACUCAAUGAGAAGCAGAAACGAGUAGGUCACUGGCUGAGUGAGAAGAAAGCAAAGAAACUGAACAUCUCGCUGCUCAGUGAGCGUCUCAAGAGAGAGAAGAUUAAGUUAGUGCCGAUUGAUUUGAGUCAACCAGUUGAACUGCAGGGGCCUUUUGAUGUCAUAAUUCAUAAAAUCACAGAUUUAAUGGUUGCUGCUGACGGAGGAGAUGAAGAAGCUAGUGCCUCUGUUGAUCGAAUUGAGACAUUCACUGCUGCUCAUCCAGAAAUACCCAUUAUUGACCCUUUGAGCUCAGUGCAAACACUACUAGAUCGAAGCAUUUGCUAUCAAAUGAUGGAUGACAUGAAAUUUAAGUUCAGAGAUACUGAGGUGUGUUCUCCACCUCAUGUUACUCUGACUGAACCAAUGGAUAUUUCACGGAAGUUAAAAAAAGCAGGAGUCAAUUUUCCUUGUGUCUGCAAACCUCUCGUUGCGCAUGGAACAAGACUAGCCCAUCAGAUGGCAAUCGUUUUUGACGAAAGUGGUCUUGAGUCAAUGAAAUUUCCAUGUGUAGUGCAGCAGUUUAUAAAUCACAAUGCUGUAUUGUACAAGAUAUUUGUUGUUGGUAAGUUACAUUUCCUCGUACACAGACCAUCCAUAAAGAAUUUGGCAGCAUUAGACGGGACAACAACCAUCUUUUUUGACAGCCAUGAUGUCUCCAAACCAUCUGCUUCAUCGCACUUGAAUGAAGUCAAUAGAGGCAUGAAUGCACAACCUGUGCCUCCUGAUAAUCGUGUUAUUGCAGCAAUUGCACAACGAGUCAGGACAAAGAUGACUUUGUCUUUGUUGGGAAUUGACCUGAUUGUCGAAACGUCAACAAGGAAACAUUAUAUCAUUGAUCUAAACUCUUUUCCAGGAUACGAGGGAGUCCCAAAUUUUUUGGAUGCAUUAGGUGACAUGAUAGUUGAUAGAUUGAAUGGAUCAUCAAAUGUAGCAGAGCAGACAUCUAUCCCUCCUGCUGGGCAGCACCAGAAACUGCAGCGUCCAGCAAGACCAGGCAAUGUAGCAAGUGGAAAAUUAACUGGCAUAGGAGGAGAAGCAAGUGACUAGACAGCACCAUUACCAAAUGACAAUGUUUGUUCUGUCCUAGCAAUCUACUUUGUAUUUCAAUUGCUUGGCUGACUACGCUUGUCUCACCAUUUUCUUUUGCAGUGAACUGAGAGUCAGUUAUGGGAUGUUUUUAAAAUUAUCAUCAGUUAGUACAAUG